GGAGCUGGCUGCUGGUGAUGGUGAAGAUGGCGGAUGGUGACAGUGGGAGUGAGCGCGGUGGAAGCAGUGGUGGUGGUGGAGGGGGUGGAGGCAGCGGAUUUCACUAUCAGAGAGAUCAAGAGACGCAAGAGCUGGCCUCGAAGCGUCUCGACAUUCAAAAUAAGCGAUUCUAUUUGGAUGUAAAGCAAAAUUCGAAAGGUCGAUUCAUCAAGAUCGCUGAGGUUGGAGCCGGUGGCUCGAAAAGUCGGCUGACACUUUCUAUGUCAGUCGCGGCGGAAUUUCGUGACUACCUGGGCGAUUUUAUAGAACACUAUGCCCAACUUGGGCCCAGUAGUCCAGAACAGAUCGCACAGUCCUCGGGGGGCGAUGACAGUGGCCCGAGAAGGGCACUGAAAAGCGAAUUCCUUGUCAGAGAGAACAGGAAAUACUACCUCGAUCUAAAGGAGAAUCAGCGGGGGAGGUUUCUCCGAAUUCGACAAACCGUCAACCGUGGGCCAGGGUUCGGUGUUGGAGGAGGAGGAGGAGUGCCUGGCGGAGGCAUGCAAUCUGGACAAACAAUCGCUCUUCCUGCUCAGGGUCUAAUUGAAUUUCGUGACGCCUUGGCCAAGUUAAUAGAUGAUUACGGAGGAGAUGAUGACGAGUUGGCUGGUGGUGGGUGCGCUGGGGGCUAUGGGGAGCUUCCUGAGGGCACUUCCAUCAUGGUGGACUCCAAACGAUUCUUUUUUGACGUGGGAUCAAACAAGUAUGGCGUAUUCCUGCGUUUGAGCGAAGUAAAGCCCAGCUACAGAAACUCAAUUACGAUUCCAUUUAAAGCUUGGAGCAAGUUCGGAGGUGCAUUCAGCCGCUACGCCGAGGAGAUGAAAGAGAUCCAAGAAAGGCAGAAGGAUAAAAUGUAUGAGAGGAGAGGGGAUGAAUCGGAAGGAGACGACGUUGAUGACGAUUGAUGCGGUCAGCUGUUGAAACGAAGUUUCCAUCGCCGAUCUGAGAUAAGAAUGGAACGACCUCAAUGUGCAUGAUGAACUGAUCACUGUGUGUACCAUGGUGAGCAAAGUUUUGACUGAGCAAAUUCAAUUAUUUAGAUAAGUAGCUAGAAUGCUAAAUGACUGCAUUGGCUACUUCAGUAGUUAGACCUAGGCUAGGCCUACAUGAGAAAAAAUGGCUGAAAAAACAAACAAAAAAAACCCCCGGAAGCUUGAUAUUUUAAGGUAAACCCCUAUCCCUAGCCUAUAACCCAAGUGUUCAUGUGUAGGAAUAACACUGUGGACUCCCGUUGUGAGAAUGUCAAUGUGUUUCUAAUGUGUAUUUAGGCUACCAGAAUUGAGAUUAAAGUGUGUGAGCCAGAAUCUAGCCUUACCUUGUACAAGCCCUUGGCGUUUGCGCAUCCCAGCAUCCCAUUUUGUAAAAGAUCCACAGAGGAUUGGUGCUUACAGAGUUGUGAAAUUUCUACCGGGCACAAAAUGACCAUGAUUCAGUAUGGAGAAGGCCUACGGGGGGACUUACCUUUGCAUCUCCAAGGCAUGUCCACUAACUGUCAGUACAACUCUUCUGGCCAUCUGAGUUGGAAUAUGCACAUCACUCAACAGAGAUUAUAGUAUACUUCCUCAAACAUGGGGUGGUUAAUUGGUGCUUAUACAUUUGUUUUCCUUUACUUUUUUUAAUGUAAAGACUAAUCUAGUUUGAUAUAGGUAUUUGAAUUGAAACACCCCCCUUAAUGUCAUAAUUGAAACAUAAGAAUGAAUGUAGUUUCUGAAUUCAGUUAACACUGAAUAUCCUUUGACAAAUGAUUGGAAGGAGAAGAGUAAACUAAGCACAAUUGUGUUGUUUUGGAUGGAUGGAGGCUAGGUCGAAAAGGAUGGGGGGAAAAAAGGGAAUUGAAUAUAUUUGGAUCUGUCUUCAUAGGUGACGUUCAGCCUAGAUUGUUAAAUAAAGUUUAUGAAAUACUGACAGAGUGCUUAAAAUGAAUACAGAUAAAACUGGUAAGAUAAUUAUACUUUAAGGUAACUAACAAAGUUAGAAGAUAUUUUUAAAAUGCAUAGAAAAAAUAUAUACAUAGAAUUAUAUUUAUAUGAAUAUAUGAAAGAUGCAUAUAAAUGCUUCCUGAACAAGCUUAUUGAAGCGCAUUGAGCUUGGAUGCAAUUAACCAGGGGAAAUAAUUCUGACUGAGUUUACAUCAAAAACAUUUCAGCUGUGUUCUCACAGCUUGCUUUGUCUUUAAACAUUCAUUGUCAAAGUGUUUUUGUUUUAAGUUAGCCCUGCUUUUUAAACCUUAUGUUUGAGUGUUACUCGGACAGAAGCGGACCGGAGCAGAUUCUCUGCUGUUCCAGCCCAGAAUCUCACCUAUAGGGUCAAUUGCUGUCUGGGUCAGCUACAGUUUUCAGUUCAGGUGCAAUACAUCAAACAAGAGCCCUCUUUAUAUCUUCAUGUUACUCUUGACUAUUUUCAACUCUGCAUGCCUCUUCUGUUUUGGAACUGCUUUGUGUUUCUCAUUUGCAUAUUACAGUUGCUGUAUGUUGAUAUUUUAUCAGUGGGCUUUUAAAGUUUUUUGUUUUGUAAAGAAGAAAAAGGAACCAAACGUUUACCUAGUUUAACUUUUAAAUUGUGGCGUUUGUUGCACAACUAAAAAAGAAGCUUGAUGUGAAACUUUUCUUUACCUUUUGUUUAAUUUAAUCAGUCAUUACAGCAAAGAAUUUGUCAUCUAAACCACAUGGGAGCAAUACUAGAGUCUUUUCUAUUAAUAAUAUCUAUUAAUUUUGUCUACAUCUUUAUUUCUGUACUGUGUUAUGUGAAAUGGCAGCUGUUUCAGUUGUGUGCUCUGCUGUAAAAAAAGAGAAAAAACUAGACUUAAUUUCAAAAAUAAAUAAAAUUCUUUGCUGAAUAAAUGGAUUUUAAACUUA